AUGAAUAUUGCCGAUCAGGAGGUGCCUGCCGCGACGACGGAAUUGACGGGCUUGCCCGGAAACGGAUUCGGCAGACUGCCCGAGCCGCUUCAGACGGUGGCCAGCGAAUAUUGCCCCGGCAACUACCCAGUGUCUCAAACGGCGAGCAAUGAAAAGCUGCACACGGGGAGCGAGUUGUACAUGCCGCAGGGAUACAGGCAAGAACCCUGGCUGCAAGAUGGUAGCAGCUCCGAAACCGAGGACAGCGAGCAAUACGUGCCCGAGUUCCACCAGAUGUCGAGUGCGAGCGUGAAGCAAGAAUCGAGCAAUUGCACGAGAAACGACGACAGUGGCAAUUAUCAUCCCCAGUAUCAGUCCACCUCGGUGUCAGUCGCGCACGGUCAAAACAGUGAUUUCCUUGAAAUCAACUCGGACCGUUGCUUCGGAACUCGAAAGAUAAACGGGCCGGCCAGUAAGAGCACGAAGGACGUCGCCGUGAAGGAAGAACCGACGGACCGAAGCUACGUGGAGCCACUUCCCAUAACGAACAUAUCAUCCGCAACGUCUCAGGAGAACGCGAGCAGCUUAAUUUAUCCGCAACGCCAACAGCAGCAACAGUAUGGGAACGUGACAAGGGAUCACAGAGGAUCGUCGCCGCCGUCCAGUCGUCCGGCCAGCGCCUCUUCCUCGACCUCUCAAUGGCAGUCGACCUUCUCUGUCUCCUCCGAGACGUUUCUGCCGCGACAGGAGAACUGGAAUUCCGAGGCUUACGCGAAGAGAAGCGGCACGCCGACCUGGACGGAACUCGGCACGCAGCUGGAUCCCAGGAGCUCGUCCUGGGAUCGGCAGAACGGCUGUUACCAGAAGAAGGGCUCGCCCGUCUCGACCUGGAACCCGGACCACAUCAACAAGAGGCCGUCGUCGGCGACCGGCGUGUCCGCAUGGAGCGACGUCGCCGUCGGUUAUCAGCAGCAACGACGUGGCUCCCUGCAAUUGUGGCAGUUCCUCGUAGCUCUGCUCGACGACCCCGCGAAUGCGCCUUGCAUCGCGUGGACCGGACGUGGGAUGGAGUUCAAGCUAAUCGAACCGGAGGAGGUGGCACGAAGAUGGGGCGUCCAGAAAAACAGGCCGGCCAUGAAUUACGACAAGCUGAGCCGUUCGUUGAGAUACUACUACGAGAAGGGCAUAAUGCAGAAGGUCGCCGGCGAGCGAUACGUGUAUAAGUUCGUCUGCGAUCCGGAAGCGCUCUUCAAUAUGGCGUACGGUACCGGCGCGUCUUCGGGGAUUAGCGGAGAAGUUUCAAGUAGUAUGGUGCGGAGCCAUGCGGUGCCCGGGAAAGGAGCGGGCGGGAACGAAGUUCCAGAUUUGAUGAAGCAUCCCGCCGCGGGGUAUAGCGACGCGGUUUUCGCUAUGUACUCGAAUACCGCCGCAGUGUACGGGCCUUCCAGUCUCCAUCAUUUGCAUCAGUACCUCGGCGGUAACGACGGCUUCAAAACGCCGUCGAGCAGAUAUCACCCCCAUUACCCCCAUCAGUACGGCAGCAAUCACCAUCACCACCAUCAUCAUCCGGCGCCGAGUUACACCGAGACCUUCCUGAACUACAGUCGAUUGUCGUCGCACGAAGCCCCGUUCGAUUCGAAGGCGCAGGAACCGCCACCGAGGGACUCGUAUACCCAGGAAGCGGAGAGCACCAGCAGGGAUCGGGAGCCCGCGUCGAUACCCUACGACAGCGUGCAGAGAUCGCAAUUACCAGCCCCGGCCCUGCCGUCGCAAUCCUCGAUAUUGGACGGCGCGGCGAGCUCGAAGCUCGAGCAGGCACCGUACACGUGUUUAGGCGUCGGAAGCUGCGUCUGUUAA